UUUUUGCAUGCCAAUGUUGUGUAUAUAAUGCAUGCUAUGCUCAACAAGUUAAGAAUAUACUGAGUUAAUAUUUACACAGCGUGAGUACGCAUGUGCCUGUAUAUGUCUAUGCAUGCUGUUUUGUUUGUUUCUUUUUCAACGAUGCUCGCGAUUUCUCAUAAUUCUAGAAUUUUUUUGUCUUCUAAUUAUAUUUUUUAUUCAUAGCGUGUAUGUGCAUAUAUAUAUUAAUGUGUAGCUUAUAAAUAUGUAAGUAAUAUAUAUGUAAUAUGUAAUGUUUCUUCUUUACAGAUUUGAAGCGUUUAGAUAUUUUGUUCAAAGAGAUAACAUCGUUCGAAUUAAGGAGUAAGUUCAACUUGAAUCACUCAAUAGAAUUUUUCUUUUAAGAUUCUAACAACGAAAUUAAUUGGUUGGUUGAAAAAAAUUGAAUAUCAUGUGUUUGAAACAAUUAUUUAAAGCUGCCGUAAGUUUUAGCCAUGAUAAUAGUUUAAGAGUUAAAGCAUGCCAAAGAAAGCUGACAUCCAUGAGCGACUAAAUGGUAAAUACACUUACAAAAUCCUGAUGGACUAUGUUUUAUGGAGAUCGCAGGUCACCUUAAUAUUAUAAUCACACCAAAAAGCAAUGUCUCUCGUAGAUGAAUUGCUUGGCGAAGGAGCAGUGGCGGAUUUAUGUGUGUGGAAAAACAAGAUAAAAUCAGGCAUCACAUUUGUUAUUGCCACACAUACCUGGUACCAAUUGGUGAUCAUGGAGACUCGACUUGUACCAUUUCUAUGUUCAACCUUGUUAGUCCUGAUGCUGCUUCUCUUCAUCUGGGUCAAGUUUGGAGAACCCCUUUUCAUUUGGAGAGCUCCCACUCCUGAAGAAAUCAAACAAAAAGAUUCUCCAGUUAGAACCUUAUUUUCAGAGAUCGAAGGUCUUCUCUUGAUGCUGUAUGAGAUUGUGUAUGAGAUUGCAUACGAAGAAGACAUGAAAACCUUACUCUGGGCCAUCCUUUUUGUGGCCAUCAUAUACACUCUUGGGAGCUACAUUAGCCUCCUCACAGUUAUAUAUAUAUGUCUUGUCUGCUUGAUGACGAUUCCAGUUUUGUACCUACUAUUUCAAGAGGUUGUUGACAAUUUCAUUGAGGAUGUAUUAGAAGUGAAGGACAAGAUACUCGAAAUAUUCAAACCAAGCAGAAGAAGUUAUGGGCGUGUCCUAUACUAAAGCAAACCAUAUAUGCUAUAAUAUCAUUGUUGAGCUUAUUUGAUUGAGAAGGGAUACUUGGACACUGUAUCUUUUAAUUUAGUAUUUAAAAAUUCGUAGAUGAUCAUAGAAAGCCAGUUAAAUCUGAAACUUGCAGUGAUAAUAUUAAGGAAACUAUCUAGACAAUGAACCAACUCAUGAGAAUGUAAAAUCUUUAAUAAACAAAGAAGGACGAUUACUUCUUUGCAGAACCUCUCAAGAACGUAUGUGGAAAAUCCACUUUAACACACAAUAAAAGAAGUUCAUGUUCUGUCUUUUUCUGAAGCACAUAAACAUUGUUAUCAUGCAGUAAAGAGGAGAAACAGUAACAUAUUUAAUAAAAAAAUAAUAAUAAUCGACAAUGGAUAGUCUAAACUCUUAAAUAAUGAACUACAUUUUGAUCUGCGCUUGAAAAACGCGGAUUGUUGGAUUAUAUUAUAAUACAAAGUUUUAUUAUAUCGAAAAACAUAAUUUUUAGCAACUAUAUAAUCAACAAAUUAGUUUAUUUGAGAUUUUAAAUAUAUGUACACUUUUACGUAAGUUUCUUUUCGAUAUGAGAAUUAUAUCCGGAUCAAAAAAUAAACCAAACCGACCCAAAAUUAUAGGUUUAGUUCAGGUCCAGAGAAGAUAACCUAUUGGGUUUUUUUGACCCUCAUGUCUUUGUUUGAAUCCGGGUUCUACCCUAGACCCGAUCAUAAAUAUGUGUUUAUUAGGUAUAUUUGGAUAUUCCGAAUAUGUUUCCGGUAUUAUGGAUAUUGUUUUUAAGUUUUUGGUUUACGAUUAGAGUUUUGAUUUCAUGUAAAUUUUUCAAAUUAAAAAAAAA